ACACGGUGUUGCCGGCGAUAUGGAAGGCUUGUUAGCAUCUCUUUAGAAUCUUCAGCUACAACAGCGUAUAACUAGCAGGAGGUGUCUAGACAUGAGUCGUCAGAGAAAACCCAGACCACCAAAAGCCGAAGAGAAGGAAGCUAGUGAGAUUCAGUCGGUAGAGGCGUGCUUCUCACGACUCCCGAUUGAGAUUGUAAUCCACGUGUUUACGUUUCUGCGGAGGGAGGAUCUCGUAAGAGCCAUGUCUGUCUGCACGAGCUGGAAGUGUCUGAUUCUAAACAGCCCGAGUCUUUGGCGGGUCCAAACAUUCGACCUUCACUGUUCUAGCGGUUCCACCAGAAAGGUCGACUUGUUGUUUUGUGCCCAAAAUUUCGGCCGACAUUGUCGAACUCUGUCAUUGACGUGCCGACACCCUGGCAAGCAUGAAUGCAAAAUCAUGGCCAUCCAGUUCAAGCUGGUUCUCGAAGGUUGGAGUGCGGCUGCUAUCACCUCUUUCAAAGUUUCCGGUCUUCGAAUGGGUUGUACUAGUAAUCUAGUAGUCAAAAGCAUAUGCAGUGCCAUGACGCGAAUGUUUUCCAGAAACCGCCCUCUGCAAGUCUUUGAGAUGCCUUCUGCCCACUGGUCAUUCCUUGAGGGUAGGAAGGUCUUGAAUGCUGUGUUUCGUAAGUCUAGAAACACUCUUGAAACACUGAGUAUCGAGGACUAUUUUCUCAGUGGUUUAACUGUCAAUAUGGACUGGCUUUCAACACACCUGUCGUCACUGACCAAACUGACCAAACUGUCAAUCAACCUGUUCUACUUGACCGAUGAAAGUGUUGUCUCCCUUGCGAGGGCCAGGAAGGGCGAGCUGAAGCAUCUCUCAUUGUGGGCCAACUAUGUGACUCCGUGGACCCCUCGUAUACCGUUUGAGAGCUGGAACUGUCUGACAAAGGCGUGCCGAAAUAUGGAAGUGGAGUUCAAUAUCGUUGGUAACGUUAUCAAACCGAAUGAGUCUCUUCCCGCCAUAAUGGAUUCAGUACUUCCUGUCGCCAGUGUCAAGAUAGAAAUACGAAGGCAAGACUUUAGAGCGGAUGGAGUGUUGCGUCAUAUCAAAAAGUUCUACUGGAAACAGCUCCAAAGAUUGGAACUAGACCUUCACAAAAAGACGGACUACUUUGACGAGCUUUUGAUCAAGUUGGUGAAAAAAUGUCCACGUUUAGUCCAUGUUAAGGUUUCAGCUUCCUACCGAUCAAAAAGGACUAUCUCGACAGUCCACAAAAUAGUGAAAGAGAGGCUUCAGAUGCGUGACAUGAGCGAUGAUCAACCUAACAAAAAAGCAUGCACAGACAACAACGCCGUAAAUAUAGCACCUAGAUUUGAGGACCCAGUGGAAGAACCGUAUUGCUUGCAACGUGCAGCCCCUCGACCUGUGGACCCCAUGGAAGGACAGUUUGGCUUGCAGCAUGCAGCACCUCGACUUGAGGACCCCAUGGAAGGACAGUUUGGCUUCCAACAUGCAGCACCUCGACUUGAGGACCCCGUAGAUAUUCAUUCUGGCUUGCAACAUGCAGCACCUCGACUUGAGGACCAAUUGGAAGGACAGUCUGGCUUGCAACAUGCAGCAUCUCGACUUGAGGACCCCAAGGAAGGACAGUCUGGCUUGCAACAUGCAGCACCUCGAAUUGAGGCCCCUAUAGAAAGACAGUCCGACCUGCAACAUGCAGCACCUCGACUUGAGGACCCCAUGGAAGGACAGUCUGGCUUGCAACAUGCAGCAUCUCGACUUCAGGACCCCAAGGAAGGACAGUUUGGCUUGCAACAUGCAGCAUCUCGAAUUGAGGACCCCAUGGAAGGACAAUCUGGCUUACAACAUACAGCAUCUCAACUCGAGGACCUCUUAGAAAGACAGUCUGACUUGCAACAUGCAUCACCUCGACUUGAGGACCCCGUAGAAAGACAGUCUGACUUGCAACAUGCAUCACCUCGACUCGAGGACCCCACGGAAGGACAAUAGACUGAGUCCUGAUUCGUAGUCUCGUGCAACAAAGUCUGCAACUGAAUGGAACAGCGCAUGCACAGAAUAAAGAGACCUUAUUACAAAACUCCAAUGCCUCUCUAUGGAAAUACAAUUCAUUUCAUAUUGCUAACAUUGUAGACAGGACUACGAGAAACAACGCUUUCCUUUUUUUUUUAAAUAUGAAAAGACUACUGAGAUAUUUACAUAAUAAUGAACAUUUUGAUAAAUUCAUUUACAUAAUAUACUCUUACGAACGACGGACUGUAUACAAUAAAAGAAUUUAUCGACUUCA